AUGUGGCCUACUGUUGUCUGUCAGCGAAGUGCCCUGGCGGUACUUGGGCUGCGGGAGAAUACACCGUACACGGAAGCGGAACUGAAAAGUGCCUUUCGUCUGCAGGCAAAAACACUACACCCCGAUGCUGGCGGCAGUGCAGAGCGAUUCCGCGAACUCCACGAUGCCUACGCCUCACUGUUAAAGAAUAUGAACAAGAAUGAUCAUCAUAACAAUCUCAAUGGAAAUGGGAAUAGUAGUAAAUGGAAAAAGGAAACGGCGUCUGAUGCAAAUGAGUACUCUAGUGAAACCAGUGAGGGAGGGGCAUUUUAUAAUAAUGCUCAUUCUCGUUGGUCUACACAUCAACAGGCAGAGUACGGUGGUUUGGGUUCGGCUUUUGCACGUAAUGAUACCUAUGGUGGCACCUAUGCAAACAACUCUACCCGUGACUUUUAUCGUCCAUACACAUCUCAUCCAUUUGCACAUGGAUUUACAGCUGAGGAGGUGUUGGAGGCGGAGCGUUUAAAUCGCCUUCGUGUCGCACGUGUAAUAUUUAAACAUGGUAUUCUAUGGAGUGGAAUUGUGUACUUUUUAUUUCUCUACUUCCGUGAGAAUAGGAUUCACCGGGCUAUUGAGGCGCGAAACAAGGGCUAUCUAGAUGAGUCUUAUUGGCAGAAACAGCAGGAGGAUCAUCGUCGUGGGCUGUCGUAUUCACCCAAACCACACUGGACAGAGACAACGAGUGAAGAUUUUAUGCAAACAUGUGAUAAAGACAUGGAAAGAAAGAAAAGAGCAAGUCAAUCACUCUUUCUUGGUGGGACUUCUAGUUUAUAUGCAAUGCGACCAGUGGCAAUUAGUUUUCAAGGACGCCCAUUUACAGCAACAGGUGUACGUGGUGAUCGUAGUGGUGUACCAAAGAAGGCUAAUACCUACGAAGAUGAUACACAUUACGAACCAGAUGACAUGAUGGAAAAUUAA